GCAGCAAGUAAACCAAAAACUGCAAAAGAAGUGUGAAAUGUGCCUGAUAUUUCUGCAAAUUUGCAUACUAGUGCUUGUUAUAAAAGAUAAUGCAAAAAUAAACUUGGGAACUUUGCAUUAUGAAUUUUACUUUUAAAUCUACCUAAGCAUGAGGGAAAGAACUGUAUUUCCAGAGAAGUAAAUCCAGAGGAGUUACAAAUUUUCAUUCGUCCCAAAGAUUUUGUCUGGGUAUUUCUUCGUUAGCUGUCGUCUUGCAGACACCAUUGAAGCAUAGAUGAUGCAGCCCCAGGAGAUUAAAACGAUGACAAGCAGCAACUAAACCAAAAACCAAAAGAGGUGUGAAAUGUGCCUGAUAUUUCCCCCCGCCGUCAGGUUACCGUGUGCCAUUGCUAAGGUGGGAAUUAAAAUAACAAAGUCGAAUAAAUGGGGUUCCAGUGGCGGGUACACCCAGCUGCCCUUACGUAAGAAGCGGAAGAUCGUAUCCUCCAGGAAGAGGCGGAGUCGAGGUGAGGGAGUGAAAUGCUUAAUUCAGGAAUGGAUUUUGGAGUUUCUGGGUGCUGAAGAAGUAAGAGCCUUUCUGCCUGCAGGCCCAGUGAGUCGACACGGUGGGCGCCCGCGAGCUCCGGGACUUACCACAGAAUAAAUCCAGUCCAGCGUGCGACGACUCACUGGCUUCAUGGGGUCGCAGCCGCCGCUGGGGUCUCCGCUGUCUCGCGAGGAGGGUGAAGCGCCCCCGCCUGCUCCCGCUUCGGAGGGUAGGCGGAGAAGUCGCCGGGUACGCCUUCGCGGAUCCUGCCGUCACCGACCUAGCUUUCUGGGCUGCCGGGAGCUCGUGGCGAGCGCGCCAGCCAGGCCUGCGCCGGCAUCCUCCGAGAUAAUGGCAUCAGCUGCUAAGGAAUUUAAAAUGGACAACUUUUCACCUAAAGCUGGCACUAGCAAAUUGCAACAGACAGUACCAGCUGAUGCAUCUCCUGAUUCUAAGUGUCCUAUAUGCUUGGAUAGAUUUGAUAAUGUGUCUUACUUAGAUCGCUGCUUACAUAAGUUCUGUUUUCGCUGUGUACAGGAGUGGUCAAAAAACAAAGCUGAAUGUCCACUAUGUAAACAGCCCUUUGAUUCUAUUUUCCAUUCUGUGAGGGCGGAAGAUGACUUCAAGGAGUAUGUCCUAAGGCCUUCGUAUAAUGGUUCUUUUGUCACCCCUGAUCGACGAUUUCGCUACCGUACAACUCUGACAAGGGAACGAAAUGCUUCUGUGUAUUCACCUAGUGGUCCUGUGAACAGAAGAACAACAACUCCACCAGAGAGUGGAGUACUAUUUGAAGGGUUAGGCAUUUCAACAAGACCUAGAGAUGCUGAAAUUCCUCAAUUUAUGAGACAAAUUGCAGUAAGAAGGCCAACUACCGCAGAUGAAAGAUCUUUGCGGAAAAUUCAAGAACAAGAUAUUAUUAAUUUUAGACGAACUCUCUAUCGUGCUGGUGCUCGAGUUAGAAAUAUUGAAGAUGGUGGCCGCUACAGGGAUAUUUCAGCUGAAUUUUUCCGUAGAAAUCCAGCUUGCCUUCACAGAUUAGUCCCCUGGUUAAAACGUGAACUUACAGUUCUUUUUGGAGCUCAUGGAUCUUUAGUGAAUAUUGUCCAGCAUAUUAUCAUGAGUAAUGUUACUCGCUAUGACUUGGAGAGUCAGGCAUUUGUGUCUGAUUUAAGACCAUUUUUACUUAAUCGAACUGAACAUUUUAUACAUGAAUUUAUCAGUUUUGCCCGAUCUCCUUUUAACAUGGCAGCCUUUGACCAGCAUGCCAAUUAUGAUUGCCCUGCUCCUUCAUAUGAAGAAGGCAGCCAUUCUGAUUCUUCAGUCAUAACAAUAUCUCCAGAUGAGGCUGAGACCCAAGAGCUGGAUAUUAAUGUAGCCACUGUUAGUCAGGCACCAUGGGAUGAUGAAACUCCAGGACCAUCUUACUCAAGCUCAGAGCAGGUACACGUUACUAUGUCUUCUCUUUUAAAUACUUCUGACAGUUCAGAUGAAGAACUUGUCACAGGAGCCACGUUUCAGACACAAGGAGUACAAACCAAUAAGGACCUAAAUAAUGACAGUGAUGAUUCUUCAGAUACUUGUGUCAUUGUUGGGUUUGUUAAACCACUAGCUGAGAGGACCCCAGAACUUGUUGAACUGUCCUCUGAUUCUGAGGACUUAGGUUCUUAUGAGAAAAUGGAGACAGUGAAGACACAAGAACAGGAGCAAUCUUACAGUUCUGGUGAUAGCGAUGUUAGUAGAUGCUCAUCUCCACACUCUGUCCUUGGAAAGGAUGAAGAAAUAAAUAAAGGUCAUUGUGAUUCUAGUGCAAGAAUCAAAUCAAAGAAGGAAGAGAAACGAUCUACAUCAUUGUCAUCUCCCAGAAACCUGAGCUCAUCUGUAAGAGGAGACAGAGUAUAUUCUCCAUAUAAUCAUAGACACAGAAAGAGGGGAAGAUCAAGAAGUUCAGAUUCACGUUCUCAGAGUAGAAGUGGGCAUGAUCAGAAGAAUCAUAGAAAGCAUCAUGGGAAGAAAAGGAUGAAAAGUAAACGAUCCAGAAGUAGGGAAAGUAGCAGACCUAGAGGGAGAAGAGACAAAAAGAGAUCAAGAACUAGAGAUAGCAGUUGGUCCAGAAGAAGCCAAACUCUGUCUCUAAGUAGUGAAAGCACAAGCAGAUCAAGGUCUCGUAGCAGUGAUCAUGGUAAAAGAAGAUCACGGAGCAGAAAUAGAGAUCGUUAUUAUUUAAGAAAUAAUUAUGGAAGCAGAUACAAAUGGGAGUAUACUUAUUACAGUAGAAACAAGGACAGGGAUGGGUAUGAAUCAUCUUACAGGAGGAGGACUCUGUCCAGAGCUCAUUAUUCUAGACAGUCUUCAAGUCCAGAAUUUAGAGUUCAGUCCUUUUCUGAAAGAACAAAUGCUAGGAAAAAAAAUAAUCACAGUGAGAGGAAAUAUUACUACUAUGAAAGGCACAGAUCAAGGAGCCUGUCUAGUAACAGAUCAAGGACUGCAUCUACCGGGACUGACCGAGUGAGAAAUGAAAAGCCUGGAGGGAAACGAAAAUACAAAACACGGCAUUUGGAGGGUACUAACGAAGUGGCUCAGCCAUCUCGUGAAUUUGCUUCUAAAGCAAAGGACAGUCAUUACCAAAAAUCUUCAUCAAAAUUGGAUGGAAACUACAAAAAUGAGAGUGAUACCUUUUCGGACAGCCGAUCAUCAGAUAGAGAGACAAAACACAAAAGGAGAAAAAGGAAGACCCGGAGCCUAAGUGUAGAGAUAGUCUAUGAAGGAAAAGCUACUGAUACAACUAAACACCAUAAAAAGAAAAAGAAGAAACAUAAGAAGAAGCAUAAGAAACACCAUGGAGAUAAUGCUUCACAUUCCCCAGUUGUAAUUACCAUUGACAGUGACAGUGAUAAGGAUUCUGAAGUAAAGGAGGAUACAGAAUGUGACAAUAGUGGUCCUCAAGACCCUCUACAAAAUGAGUUUUUGACUCCUUCCUUGGAACCAUUUGAAACUAAAGAUGUAGUUACAAUAGAAGAUGAAUUUGGUGUGCUGGACAAGGAGUGUGAUAUUGCCACACUUAGUAACAACUUGAGUAAUGCCAACAAAACUGUAGAUAAUAUUCCAUCUCCAGCAGCUUCAGUUGAACAAACUCUCAACGUAAGAGAAGAGAGCACCUUUGUUUCUGAUUUGGAGAACCAGCCCAGUAACAUUGUGUCUAUUCAGACUGAGCCAUCAAGGCAGUUGCCAUCUCCACGGACAUCAUUAAUGUCAGUAUGUCUUGGUAGAGACUGUAAUAUGUCUUAAAACUGGCCAAAGCAUUUCAUUGAGAAUUCUGAUGGUAUAAAAAGAAAAAAGGAAGAAUGUCAUCUACUGCAGUCUAUUUAAAGAUGACGUUUGGUGAAAACUCUCUUCCUCCUUACAAUAUUUUAAGUGAUUUUUUUUUUUUGGUGUUAAUUUGUAAAAAUCAUUAUUUGUUCAAAAUGUAUGUCCCACCCUCAAAGAUAUGCACUUUUAAGUGAAGAAAAUGAUACUGCUAGCAGUUUAUUUAAAACUUGGGGUCCUUUUUAAAUAAGAAAAAUUAUAUAAAUUUUAGAAGUUAUUUCAUAAAGCCAUACGGUAUUGACAUAUUUUUAAGGUAGUCAAUGAGUAUUUUUGAAUUUUUUUUUUUUGAGAGUUAUUCUGGAAAUGUGUUAUAAGAUAGGAGAAUCCCUUUGGACAGUCUUUAUUUUUCUUAAAAAUUUAUAUGAUUCAAAACCAUUUCUUCAGGUUAAAUUGAGGCAUUUUAAUGUGCACAGUUUAUCUUCUGCCAAAAUAAAAAUUUACUAUUUCCUUUAUAUACUUGUUCAUCUGGACUGCUAGUAAAACAAAUGUGUAUUCAACAAAAGAAAAAUAAAACACACUUUCAAACAAGAAUCAGACAUUUUCCUAUGCAGUAUUUUUUUAAGUUUAUUUUAGUAAAGCUAAAAUCUUGAAAGUAGCUAAGGGCAUAAUUAUCUCAUAAAUACUGAACUUCAGGUGAACAAAUACUUUAUAGUUUUAAUUAUUUUAGUUCUUUGAGGAGUAUCUUACUUGCUUUUUAUCAGUAAAAGCAUUUAAGUUGCUAAAUAAACAUGAAAAAUCCUUGUCAUA